GAUUUUUUUUUACUUUUGGAGAAGUUAUAAAAGUGAACUAUUUUAAAAUGAUAGUUGUAUAGUAAGAGACUGUUACGAUGUCGAAAGAAAACUGCUCUGUAUAUCGAGAGUUCUGAAGAGAAAGAAGAUGAAACGAAUAGCUGAGGAAGAGGAACAGAAACAGAAGUAAUGUAAGUUAGAGGUAUAUGAUCUCCAAUACUAGACUAUCCAGGCCAAUCAGAAGCUCGACGAGCCGUCAGACCAACCCCCGGCGAACCAUUGGCGAGCACUAAGUAUACCAGGGUGGGGAAACUCCUUCUCUACUGCGCAUUCGGGUGGGGGAAUCGCGGCACUUCACUGCAGCGAUGACCUGAGUGUUCAGACCACUUUGGUUAAUCCUGACGGUCCGACGGUAUCUCCAAAGUCGUCGUCCGCGACGUGAGAUUAAACGUACAGUUCGUCUUUUUUAUGUUUUGAGUUGAGCUUCUCUUGAAGCUCGGCCCAGGUAUCGAAACGCGGUCUUGUGACUUUCAGAGCGUCAAACAAAAAUGAGCUUCAGUGCGGGCGCAACAGCGCACUGUGAAUGAUGCGCGAUGUAUGAGAAGACUGAGAGAAAAACUACAAUCUGGAGUGACGUGAUCCAAGGUAGUGAUACAAGAACCCUAGUCUCACAUUAUGUGCAUGACGAAUUGAGUAGUGCAGUGACCGACUUCUCGAUAUUAUUGCGUUCUUCGAGUGAUUGUUAAAAACGACUUUGUGAGACGAGAGUCUCAAUCACGGCUUCAAAAUUGAGUUGGACUUGCACUCACGAGCCGCCGGCCACUUCAUGAGAGCCGGCGGCAACAUGUGCGACGGGUCCUUCACAGAAACUCUGCGCACUAUGCAAGGAAUGAGUACGUCGACACCGGCACUACCCGGUGGUAGCGCCGGUGUCGGUCACAUGGGAGUCGGCCUUGGUAGCCCACUUGGUUCAGCAGGCAAGAAGAUGCAAGGAGAGCACAUCAAACGGCCAAUGAACGCCUUCAUGGUCUGGUCACGUCUACAACGACGGAAAAUUGCACAAGAGAAUCCGAAAAUGCAUAACAGUGAAAUCUCCAAGAGACUUGGUGCAGAAUGGAAGCUUCUUACGGAGGAUGAGAAACGCCCGUUCAUUGAUCAGGCGAAGAGGUUACGUGCGCAACACAUGAAAGAACACCCUGACUACAAGUACAGACCGCGAAGAAAGCCCAAGACUUUGCGGAAAGAGGGUUAUCCUUAUAGCAUUCCAUAUCCAAGUGUUCCCAUGGAAGCUCUUCGGGCCGGGAUGGCCGGUGGCAUGGGACAGGCUGGGAUGGGUUCCUAUUACACCCCUGCCGCGGCUUAUGGCUCACUCUCGGCAGCCAGCAUGGCUGCAGCCGCCGCCGCGGCUGCACAACAGUCUGCCGCCAUGUCUGGUCUCGCGGCACCUGCUCAAGUAGUAGGCUCAAUGGACGCCAUGAAGUAUUCAAUGGAAGCUGAUAAAUAUCGCGCCGCCUAUAUGCCGCCCAGCACUCUAACAAUGAGCAUGUAUUCGGAUCCCAAGUACCUGGAUUCCUCCAAUUCCAAGGCUUAUCUGGAUCGCACCUACUUAGAUGCAAAGGCAUACUUCGAAGGCGUGCAACAGUCGAAGCUGUACAUGGAUCAGAAACCGAUUGCGGAGUACAAUCGGCCCAGCUACGAGCCCAACAAGCUCUACGAGGAGUCCAGUCCGGGUAGCGUCGUCGGCGGAAGUGGACCGACGAGGUCGCCGCCCGCAGAGUCACCAGAUACCAGCAAGCAACACGAAAGGACGGAACAGGGCUCGUCCAGCGCGAGCUCAACAUCGACGUCAUCGGCCGCGAGCCCCGGCGCGACUCUGCCAGCGUAUUAUCCCGGAUCAGUUCAAGCCGGCGGCUUGCUCGGCCCGCAAAUGGGCCAGUACGGUGGAUACCAAAUGGCACCGGCACCAGGAAAUGAAUCUUUUCGGCGGCCGUUGGUUAUCUUGUGACCCGAUAGAGCGUAGCUCUGAUCUAUCUUCGAUCUAUAGGAGCAAUUGCUAUGAUGGUUACCGCAAACUCAACGGAACGAAGCCCCGACGGUACCCAACGGAAACGCAGACUUUUCCGGAUGUCGUCAGUCGCGGUUCCGAUAAUUAGAAGGACGGGAUGAUGUGAAUUCCGAUACAUCCUCAAGAAGGAUAAUCGCUACGUAUCUCUCUCUUUCUCUCGAUCGUUACGACCGUAGAUUUAACGAGACAAAAGUUAAAUCGUUGUUUACCAUAAAGCCAUUGAAGAAAAAGAUUAUCCUUCAAAUCAAGCCAAUUAAGUAAAAGUAUACCAGGAUCUAUGAAAUUUUCCAACAAUAACUGUUUUCUCGUCGUAAUGAUUACGGAUUUAACCUAUUACGGAUUUAACAAAAGCAUCCAUCAGUCAACAUCAAUCAUGAUAUCUUCACCCUCGAUUCUUUUCUAUAGAAGACUUCUGGCAAUCCUUGAAAGGUACUGAGGUGGAGCGAGUACAAUAAAUGAAGAAGAUCUCACAAAUCAUUUUUCUCGAAUUCUAACGUAAUUUGAAGUGCAAAAGAAGAGAAUACCAAUACUUUCUAAAACGAAGAUACAUAACACUUACAUGCAAACAAUCUAUUUAAAAAUUAUUGUAGAAAACAUUCUUAAACCAACAUCUGCCGUUGAAGACGAUCGAUCUGAAAGAAUGCUAUCGACUAAGAAAGAUUAGGCAGUUUCCUGACAGCAAGAUUAUAAUCAAUACCAUCGCCCUAGCAACGGAAUUAAACCUGGCCAAUAGACUACUUUGAGAAACGGAGAACGACCAACGACAGUAAUGUCGUUACAGAUGACAACGAAGACCGGGAGGACUUCCGCUGUGUCGUCGGCUGACUAGUCUUAACCGAGGUGUGCUGAUAAUUGUACAUAAUCCCUGUGUAAAUAGUGUAGUAAAAACUUGGCUUCUUCCGGAUUUCCGCGCGCGAAUCCGCUUUCUUACGGUCUCUCUCCAUCCAAGAAUUCCCCGAGAGGAGAAAGCAGUACAAAUGGAAUCAUGUGCGUGCGUGGUGUCCAAGAGCUGUCGCGAGUGUUCAAUCUCGAACGGUGUAAAAGCAACUUGUACUUUAAUUUUCUUUCUUGAAGACGAAGAAAACUUCAUUGAUGGUUGCGUAAACCAUCGAAAAGGUAAAUUUCGUACGUAAUGACUACGUAUGCAAAAUUUAUUUUAUAAGAAAUUUAUUAUUAUUUCUUAUAUUUAUAAGAAAUUUUUUAGAAACUUUUCUUUAGAAAAUUAGAAAACAAAUUUGUUUUAGAAAAUAAGAAAGAAAGCAAAACAAAAAUGAAAUUGCCAUAAGAGACAAAACGCAGUUGUCGAUGCGAAAUCAAGUUUAUUACUAUAUUUAUUCGAAAUAAUUAAAUUGUCGCAAAUAUUUCGACUCUCGGUUUAAGUUUUUCUUAGUGCAAAGAAUUGACAUAGCAAGAUCUAUCGUCCAUUUGACAUUAUUAAUUAAUUAUUUUUGAUGAAUUCAAAAAAUCUUAAUGUUGAUAUUUAAACACAAUAUGGAUCCUUAUAAUAUUUAACGUUAUACAGAAGAUUAAAAAUACGUCAAUAUUUUUGUUGUACCUAAAGAUAAUUUUAAUCACAUUCAAUUGCUACUUAGGUAUUCAAUAAGCUAUUGAGUGCUUAGUAACUGGUCACUAAUAAUUACACCGAUUGAUAAACUGUAUAACGUUGAAAAGGUAUUCUCAUCUUAAAAGUCAAAUUCGAUUUUAAAGAAAAAUGCCAUUAAGUUUUAUAAUGGUAUAGAAAAAUAUUGGCAAUAACUUCUAAGUUAUAGAUUGCUAACAGUUAUAUGCCAUCACCUGCAUCGUUUCUUGCACAUUCAUAAAUCCAUCGUUGAAGAUACCAUAAAAUUACGACUUUAACCACUUCUUUUUCCCCUUGUAUAUCACGUUUUUGUAUUCCCCGUUUUCUAUAAUGUUCGAAACGAAACUAAACGCUCAGAGGAAAAAGAAAUUCUGCUUCUCAAUAAAAAGAGACAUUUUAGAAUAUCUUCAAAAGGUCGGAAGUAAUAGCGAACGAUGGUUAUGGCAGUUAGCUAGCGCGCAUUAUUUGAAUCGAUCAAGCGACCCUACCACGUCAUUUUAUGUCCUGUAUAUCUCUUGGCUGAUGUUUAUUUUUUCAAAAAGUGUUUUUAUGGGAUAUUCUUAAGAUUGUAAGCUUUAAAAAAUCGAUUUUUAAAAUUUCAAAACUACAUUAACCCCUUAUAAUUAAUAAAAAAUAUAAAGCGGUAAAUACGUCGCAAAAUAAAAGACGUAUAAUGAUUUGUAAAGAAAUGACGUCAUUAUUACAUUUUAAAUAAAUAACACAACAGGUCGAUAUUUUAAAAUUAAUAAUUAAAUUCGAAUCCUGGCUGAAAUAUUAUUUUUUACAAUAAAUCAUUUAGUUUUUUCGGGGAGGGAGAAUUUUAUAAAUGCUUCUGAACAUUGAUUAUCUGGCCAGUAAUUGUGUUUCAAGACUGACUAAAAAUGUCGCCGUGCACUUUAUACAAACUGGUAAUGUUAAAUUCACGCAAGAAUUAAUAUUCAGCACCAAAAUCUGCUGCGGACCAAUAUAGGCAACUUUAUCUAUAUCUUAAUGUUUAAAAUAAUUAACUAAUGACAUCAAAAUGACGAUAGCUUGCUAUUUCUGAAAAUUGUUUGUUAAUUAUAGAUUCAUAAUAAAAAUCAUACAUUUCCAUUGGUAAAAUUCGCUUCCUUGUUCAAAACAGUAAAAUAAGAUACAGAAUUAGUAAACUGAUGUAGUCAAACAACAUCGUAAUGCCAAUGAUAUGAAACUUUUAAAGAAUCAACUAAAACAAGGGAAAGAGCUUAAUCAAAAUUUCAUUUUUGUUUUGAUUUAUUAUUUUAGUCGUCCAUGCUUGGCAUUUCACUCGCUCCAACAGGUAAAAGCGCGUUUAAUCUAUAAUGAUAUUAUCUCAGAAACUCUCCAGAUUGUUUUAAUUUUAAUAAGAAAGAAAAUUUUUAUUUUUUUAUUCGCGUGUUUAUUCUCGCGGAAAAAUUGUUGCGUCGUAAGUAUAUAACGAAUUUUAUUCGCGAUUGUCGCGUGGUUGUCAUGUUUUGUUUUCAUCAAAUUCAUUAUAUUGUAUUUAUUUCCUUAUAAUUUAAGGCUCCUGCUAGCUCAGUUAACAAGUCCGCGUUGACAGUGAUGGCUUAAUUCGAAACGGGAAAAACCAGAGUUUUUAUAAAUUUUUGAAUAGUUUCUGAAAAUUCUAUGAAAAUGAAAUAAAAUUCAAUUUUUUUUAGAAAUUAUUUUCAAAAUUCAGUUUAGUCAAAUAUUUCUCUGAAAAUGUAUUGUAAUUUCUCUGACAUGUCGCUAAAAGUAUCAAUAAAAUAUUGAAAAAAUGCUGGAAUAUACGAAAAUUGUCCAACCACGAGUAACGCGUCGCUAAGCGGAUAAGUUCUAUAUUUCUCAUAAGUAAAAAAAUCACAAAAUUAUAUAAAAAGUGCAACGUUGUGUUCUUCAUUCCUUAAUAAGAGUAUUUUAUUAAAGUGAUACAAUUUCAGAAAACAAAUAAAUAAACUAAAAACUCUUAAUAUUAUAAGAACUUUACAAAGAAAGAAGAAUAAGAGUUAAACGCGGUUUAUGGCGCAUAAAAAUUGAAAUCUAUUUAAAGUUCCAUAUUUGCAAACGUUUCAACUAAAUAUUAUGAUAUCUAAAUGUAAUACUCGAUUUUUGGUGAACUGCAAAAAAUGUUUAAAUACAUUUAGCCCUGCAGCUAACGUCAAUAGACAACGCACUCAUUCUGUUUGUACUUCCACCUGGAGAUUUUUUUUUACAUGAAUACGACUGUAAUGCAUUGUAGAUGGCUCGAAAAUGAAACCGGAACGAUUCAAAUAUGGAACUUUAAAUAAAUUUCAAUUUUUCACGUUUGACCCUUAUGCUCAUUCUUUUAUGUAAAAUUAAAAAAAUUUUUUUAUGAAAUUUUAGAGCUGGCUUCGGUAAAAUUUUUCACCAAGAUUCUUUUAUAUCUGAAUCUAAGUACAGCGAUCUUUUAGCUAAGGAUACAUACGUAUACAUAUAACAAGUAACAUUCCAAGACUCUGUAGAAAUUCUAUCGCGUUAAACACAAUUUUAUUAGGCAAUUCAGAGUCAACGCUAUUAUUAUUGCGCAAAAUUAUUUAUCAAGAGACACGGUAGUGGCUCGCGCUAAAUGAAAGCGUAGCUUUCGCGAGCCCGACCGUGUUCUUUACGCGAGUACGCGACUUGCGAGCACCCGAGAUUAUCGGAUCUCAGAAACGGCUAAACGGAUCGAGUUCUAACUAGGCUCAAUCGAAAGCUUGGGGUCAAUUUGUAUUAGAAAACUAUUUUUAUUUUUCCUCUACGUAUCCUAUGAGAGGAGAUAUCACGACGCAAAGUCCAAAUGUCAAAAUUUUCAUGUAAGAUACGCCGUCGUCGACUUCAGAUUGUUUUAUAACAUCAGACAAUAUUACAGUCGUUUCGACUCAAAAUUUUAAAUGUAUUUUUUUGCUAUGAAUAAAAGAUUUAAACAUAUUCUUUAAACCUUAACCUCUUAUGAGAAAUAUGAUGACUCCUCAAUACGUUUCUAUGGUGUAUGCUUUGUAUUAUUUACACAAUUACACAAAAUCUACAAUUUAAAUGCAGAAUGAACUAAUUAGAGAAAUCGUGACAAAAUACUUUAUAGUUUAUCAUUAUCUUCCGAGAGAUAGCAGUUAAAUAAAAUAUUUUUAGUCGGAUUUAAAUCCGGGUCUUCGGCACACAGAAUAGACGCACAAUUCUCUACGUCACAAUCGUUACAUAUAACUGCAUAUAAUAAAACAAAUAAAAAUACUAUGUCAACUAAAUUAGUUCAAUCUAAGUAAGAAUUUGAUUAAGUCCAAAAAGAACUUAAAUUUUAUUAUUUUAGAAAUUUAAAUUAUUCUUACAAGGUACAGCGUUUUUGUUUUAUUUUAAUGCAGUAUUUUUGUAUCUACAAUAAUUGUAAUGUUAAAAUGUAAUUUGAUUUGAAGAUGCAUUGAUAUUGUAAAACUAAAAACUCUAAGAAAUUCUAUUUAUUUUUUUAAAUAAAUAUGUACAUUUUUAAAACAUUGUUUCUUAAGCAGAUAUAAAAUUUAUAUCUGUCUUUAUAUCUAUAUUGUGAAUAAUAUUUCUCUCUUCAAAAAACAAAUCAGUAUCAACUUAUCAGAGAUAAAUAUUUUAUAUCCAUUAUAUUAUCUCUUUAAGAAAAGUGUUUUUGUUUUUUCAUGUUUAUAUUAUAAAAACAAAAAGAUUAUGAUUAAUAUAUGCACGAUAAUUGGAUUCAUUAAUUAGUAUUACAAAUGUAACAUUAUAUUACCGGUAUUCAUAGUUCGUUUCUUAAGAAGUCUUCUCUUAAGAUGCUAAUACGGCUCUGUGGUUGGUUUAUAAACAUCUUAACAUUGUACUUAAGACAAUCUUGACUAAUCGACGAUCUUCUAAUAGAUUUUCUAAUUUUUCUUGCUGACUUUUUAAUUAUGAGAAAUGCAUGGAACUGUGCACACUUCUGUCCUCUCACAUUUGAGAUUAACUCUUGACGUACACGAAGAUGUCGACAAAGAUAAAAAAUUUUUAUACUCUUACACAUAAGAAGAAAGUAUUCUUCAGAAUUUACAAUUCUUAUUUAAACUCUUAUUGCUUUAAGUUUAGAUUAUUUUAGAAUUUAAUUAUUAAUAUAGUUACUUUUGUUUCCGCUUCGUGAAGAUUCCUAUUUCGGAAUUCUUUAUAUGGGUUAUUUAUUGAUUACCCAAACAAAACGGGAGUUUUUAGUACGUUGUAUAAGUCUGUUCUAUCAAUUACAAUGUUAUUGCAAUGUUAUUGAGAAAUAUUUUUAAUGUACAUACGUUUAUAAAAAUUUUUAAAGAAAAAGAUAUUAUAUGUCAUAAUUUAAACGUUCCAUAUUAUUAUUAUUAUUAUUAUUAUUAUUAUUAUUAGAUUUUGUCCUGUAAGAAAGAUAUAGUAUUGCUCGUUAUGCUACCAAGUUAGCUUAAUUUUCCUUCUUUUUCUUCUUCUCCUUCUUUCUUGUAAAAUAGACUUAAACCUAGUUUUUUUUCUCUUAUGUAUAUCUAUGAUAUGCACGUAGAUUAGACACAGACAUACGAGACCUACAGUUUAACGCCAGUUCCGAACGGCUAGACUAAAGAGAUCUGUGUGCAUAAAAUACUCUUAAUGACUCACCAUUUCAUCGUAGAGGACAAGCGUAUAAUUACACAAUUUUCAGUGAAAUAUUUUCUCAAAUUCGACUAAACUCCUGACUUCCUUGUGUGGAAGUUUCAAUUUCAAAGAGACGAAACUCUAUUUCCCAUUUCCGAAAAUGAUUAAAAAAGAGACGUUAAGCAGGACACCCUGUAUAAAGAAUAUUUUUUCGCAUCUGAUGUCAUCAAUACAAAAUGGCUGCAAUGAAUAAACAGGGGCCUUAAUCAAUUAUAAUUUAAUAUUUACUGUUUAGAAUUUUACUGUUAAUUUAAUACUGGUUUGAAUGACAAAUUCUUUAUAUGAGACAAAACUUCCUAAAUUAUGAAACUCCUAUUUAUUAUUAUUUUUUAAUAAUUAUGCGUAUGUUAAAACAUUGUUUUUUUAAAAAGGUAAUAUAAAUCUUAUAUUAUCUUUUCUCUGCGCACAACAAAAGAAUGUUAGAUAUUAGAAAUUAAAAUUAGAAUUUUAGAAUCAGUUUCCUCAACAAUCGUGAACAUUUAAAUGUAACGUACAAUUGAUACAAAUAAAGAAUAAGAUAAAAUAUAAAUGUGUCGUACAAAAUACAACAUAACUUAUUAUUCAUUUGUAAUAUUUAAUGAAAUAUUUAAUGAGUCUAAAAUUCUAAUUCACAUUCCUAAUGCCUAAUGUUCCUCCAAUGUGCGCAGAAACAUAGAAAACAUGUUUUUUUUUGUUUUCUUUUUAUCUUUAUAUUAUAAAAUAACGAUUGUGAUUAACACAGUAUAUAACAUUAAUUAGUUUAUUAAGGACAUUAGAUGCUAUUAAAAAUGUAAGAGUAUAUAAUUUCUUCUUGUUGAUUUUUUGAUUGUAAGAUAUGUAUGGAUCUCAUACCACUGAUCCUCUACUUAUUCUAGUUAUUUACAAUUUGUUUUUGCUUAAUAAUAUCGAUCGAUACAUUCGAUCCCCGAUUUUGCAAGAGAGAAAGUAAGUGAAAAACAUCUCGCUCAAAAAGUGAGCCCUAUACGUAACAUGUAACCUUAGUAUUUGUAUCGUUACAAUGAACUUUAAGCUAUAUCGACUUAAGCUGUAUAUUAUCUGCGUAUAACAUUAUAAGUGACAAAAAUAAGUUAUAAAUAUUGUACCGUAAUUAAGAAAUAAACGUUAAAUAUCAUCCUUCAAA